ACAGAAGCUCUAUAAAUGAAAGCAUGCCAAGAAUUUCCUCAUCAGCGUACACAGACCUCAUCCAGGAAAGAGCAACACUCCCAGACCAAACCCGCCAUGCGCAGAUCAUGCACGCUGCUCUCCUCCUUGCUACUCCUGAUCUCUGGCUCCAGCUCAGGGGAGUGUAGGCCUCAACAGGCUGGGGAGCGAACACUCGAUGCGGACAAUGAGAAGGUCCAACUAGUGGAGGCGGUCAAGGCGGGAAUCCUAAACUCACUUGGCAUGGACAAAGAACCCGAGAUCACCCAAAAGGCCUCCGAGCGAGAUUUGAGUAGGAUGUAUCGGCUGUACUGGGAAAAACUGAGGGAGAUGAGAGGAAAUUCCAGCCAGUCGACUGGAGGAACCACGUCGAAGGUGCUUUUCCCAGCUACAGUGCCAAUAAAAGCACCUCAAGGGGAGGAACCGCUACCGUUGCUCCCUGGUCAGCACAUGCAGUGGUACAGAGCUGUUUUCCAUAAGAACCCAAGUAUUCAAAUGGAGGCCAUUCUAACCCGAGCUGAGCUCAAGGUUUCCAGGCACAGUCUAAUACAUCCAACACAUUCUGAUUUAAGGCAGAUUAAAGUUCAAGUCAAACGCCUGGAGGUGGGGAACUUAACUGGAUGGACACACAUGGACCCUCACGUUGAUGUCUCACUCAUGCAAAAUGUGACGAUGGACAUCAGCACAAAAGUGACAAAGUGGAUGAGAACAGAUGAUACGUCAUUGGUUGUGAACGUAAGGAUGGCAAUGGGUGAAGGCGACCCAACUAUAUCUUUGGAAUUAGACUUAAUUCAGCCCAAAGUGGCAAAGAAUCGAAGGCUGCCUCGCUCCAACACGGAGGACGAGUGUAACGAACAAGGCUGGUGCUGCCGCAAAUCCAUCAACGUGUCGUUCAAAGACAUUGGCUGGACCGACUGGAUCGUGGCCCCCACUGAGUACACCAUGCACUUGUGCGACGGCACGUGCCCGCACAACUACAAGCCAGCCACCAUGCACACGCAGGUCAAGUCUCGCCUGCACCAGAUCCUGAAGGGCGGCUCGCCUCGGCCUUGCUGUGUGCCGGCAUCCUACGAGCCCAUGGUCCUCAUGUACUACGACAGCAGGGGAAAGUUGAAACUGACACCUUUUGAUGACCUGAUUGUCACUAAAUGUCACUGUGCCUAAGGCAGACAAAGUUAAUGACUAUUGGAGCUACUUUUGUUUUUGCUGGCUGGAUUUUUAUGGUUUCUUUGAAUGUUUUAUUUAUUGAAAGUUCUAUUUAUUGUCCUAAACCAUAUUAAUGUCUCAAGUGGACUAUUGCCGUUGUUACGUAAUUGUAUCAAGCAGUGUUUCCUAAACUUUAUUGAGCCAAGGCACAUAUUUUACACUAAAGAAAUCCCGUGGUGAGCUGUGCAUUUUGGUACCUGGGCCUUCAGUAAGGACUUACCUGACAUAAGCCACCUCCGAAAACUACCACCAUCAUGUCGCAAUUGUAGAAACCAUUAAUACUAUUCAGAAUAACAGCACGCUACUGUGCCACACACAUCACCUAGAGCAGUUCAGAAUUAUCCAUCCAUCCAUCCAUUUUCUGAGCCGCUUGUCCUCACUAGGGUCGCGGGCGUGCUGGAGCCUAUCCCAGCUGUCAUCGGGCAGGAGGCGGGGUACACCCUGAACUGGUUGCCAGCCAAUCGCAGGGCACAUAUAAAUAAACAACCAUUCACACUCACAGUCAUGCCUACGGGCAAUUUAGAGUCUCCAAUUAAUGCAUGUUUUUGGGAUGUGGGAGGAAACCGGAGUGCCCGGAGAAAACCCACGCAGGCACGGGGAGAACAUGCAAACUCCACACAGGCGGGGCCGGGGAUUGAACCCGGGUCCUCAGAACUGUGAGGCUGACGCUCUAACCAGUCGGCCACCGUGCCGCCCAGUUCAGAAUUAAUAAAACAUUUUUCUAAUAACAUGGCCAAAACAUCCAUCCAUCCAUUUUCUGAGCCGCUUCUCCUCACUAGGGUCGCGGGCGUGCUGGAGCCUAUCCCAGCUGUCAUCGGGCAGGAGGCGGGGUACACCCUGAACUGGUUGCCAGCCAAUCGCAGGGCACAUACAAACAAACAACCAUUCACACUCACAGUCACACCGACAGGCAAUUUAGAGUCUCCAAUUAAUGGAUGUUUUUGGGAUGUGGGAGGAAACCAGAGUGCCCGGAGAAAACCCACGCAGGCACGGGGAGAACAUGCAAACUCCACACAGGCGGGGCCGGGGAUUGAACCCCGCUCCUCAGAAUUGUGAGGCUGACGCUCUAACCAGUCGGCCACCGUGCAGCCGACUAAACAAUGUAAAUUAAAUGAAUCAUACUCAUCAGAUAUAGUGAUGAAUAAAGACAGUGGUACCUUGAGAUACGAGUUAAAUGUAUUCCGUCACCAUGCUCGUAACACCAAAUGAUCUUUCCCCAUUGAAAAAAAUGGAAAUGCCAUUAAUCCGAUCCAGCUACCCCAAAAAUCUUUGUAGUGUGUGUUUUUUAAAAAGGAAAAUAGCACUCUAUAAUAUUGUACUUUAUAAAAGAUACAUUAAUGAUGUAAUUCAGUAAAAGAUAACGAAAUUUAAGUUUUGCCACAUUUUUUGUUACAAUUCAAUGGACAUUGUGCUGCUCCGUUGGUAUGUGCAGCUUGGCCAUUGGGUGCAGUAUAAUGCAGACAUGAAAAUAAAUGGAGAUGUUCACAACCAAACUCAGUAAGCUGCAGUCAUAUUUGUUGUUUUUCACAGACAAUAUUUAUGUGAGUAUUGUCUGUUUUUUGGGCCACUCAUAUCUCAAGGCAGCGCUGUAGUGUGCAAUUGGGGCCUGUUUAUUGAACACAAAGCUAUUGUUCUGUUGUAUGAAUGGCAGCAGGUGGAUUCACAGGUUAAUUGUACCUUCUGCUAUCUUGUGAAAGAGCAUUUAAUUGUUCUGCCUGUCACUAUACAUCAGUGAAAUAGAUACAGGGAUUAUUAAUAAAUGAAUUAUUUUUAAUGAAUAAAUAAUUUCCAUUGCAUGGCACAGUGGUUGGGAGUCACUGCUAUAAAAUACUUUUUCAUAUUUUAUUGUCAUUUAUGUUGGGAGGUAUUGUAAUAUAACAAACUUAUUUUAAAUUUGUAUUUCAAUGUAAUUUUUAUUUAUCAAUACUGACCUGUUGCACUUGAAUUUACAGUAUCAACAAGGACAUUUCAUAAUAAACAUGCGGGAAAUAAAUGA